AUGGCAUCUGAGAUCAACGAACGAUUGCGGCUUGCUUGGCAUUCAGGACCUUCUCACGCCAGUAAACCGCAAGAGCUUGCACAAAGGUCUGAGCACUGCGCUGACGAGCUGUCAGCAUUGCAUGCUGAAGUUCAUCAAGGCAUUUCAGAGAUUCGUGCCCAGCUCUCAAAAGAGGCAGACAGAACUUCUGUCCGGACCAUGUGCAUGGAGGCGGAGCUGGAAUUCCACCACUCACGCCAGGUGUCGCCUGUUCGAACUCCCACUGAAGUAGGCAUGCUGGCCCACAGCGUCCUGGCGCAACGCAACGAAUCCGAUCUGCCCAUCCGACAAGGAGCCGGGUCAGAUGUCGGCCAUCUACUCCAGGCCUGCAAGAGCUUGAGCUCGCGCAAAGAGGGCGGUGACCAGGGCAGCGAUGUUGCUAUGUCCAUUGCCACCGAACUUGGGGCUUUGCUCGAAGAGGUGGACCGUAACUGCCAUGCCAUGGCGCUUGCCCUCGACGACAUGGACGGUGGGUUGGCUGAGGGUUGGGUAGAGCUUCUGUGCCUUGCAGCCUCCCACGGAGCGGCUGGCGAUCUGCCGGCGCCUUCAUUGGCCUGCCUGGAAGUGCAGCUGUCCCUGGAGAACGACAUGCUUCGUGCAGCGCUGAAGCGAUCGAGGGCAGCUCCAUGA